AUGGAGCUCUUUCGCGUGCCCACUCUUGCAGUGACUGCGGCGAUUUCGCUGCUGAUCUACCUCAUGCACCACAAGAGGACAGCACUGCCUGAAAAAGCUCAGCGCAGGAGCCAGCGGAGUCAGCCGCGCCGGACGAGCCAGCCGGGUGUGGUGGAAUCGAUUUGGACCUGCCCUGGAACGUCCCAGGCCAUGGAGCGGCAAGGUUCAGUGGAGUGCGUGGCCGGGAAGGGCAUCGUCGGCGACCGUUACAACACGGACGUAACCAGGGGUCGUUAUAGCAACACCCCGGAGCCUGGAAGACAGAUGACGCUCAUUGCGGCCGAGGGCAUGGAGCUCUUGGCAGACAAGUACCAUCUCAAGAUCGGCCCCCAAAACUGCCGCCGGAAUGUGGUGGUUCGCGGCCUGCACCCACUUUCGGAGCUGGUGGGCCGAGAGUUUCGGCUUGGAGACAUUCGGGUCUUUGCGCAUCGGACCUCGGUUCCAUGCAUGUACCUCGAGGGCCUGACAAAGCAGAAAGGCCUUUUUCAAGAGUUUUACUGUGAUGCGGGACUGAAUUGCGAGAUACUUGAAGAUGGAACGCUUUGCGAUGGUGCUUCUGUCGAGCUCUUGCCGGGGGAACCAGACCUCGACCGCUGCGUGGUGGGCCGCGCCUGGAUCCUCCCUGCGCUAUUCGUGCGGCCCCGGGAACGGAGCGCAGCAGAGCGUCAGCAGGUGCUUGACCUUCGCAAAGCUUUGGAGGCGGAGCAUGUUUCGGCGACAGGCACGGACAAGACAUCUACACUCAAGAAACUGCGGCUCUUUGAUCAGACACAUGGGCGCAAGAAUGGGGCUUGGGAUGGCGGCAGUCCCCAGUACUAG